AUGGAGAAGAAAACAAUUCUAGAAGAACUUCUUUUAAAGAAAUCACAACAGAAGAAAAAAAUAUCACCAAUUAAUUACAAGAAAAGGUUGUUUGUUCUGACAAAAGCAAACCUUUCUUACUAUGAAUAUGACAAAGGGAAAAAAGGAAGCAAAAAGGGAUCAAUUGAGAUUGAGAAAAUACAAUGUGUUGAAACAGUGAAUCUCGAGGAAGCAACAACUCCUGCAAGACAAUAUCCUUUUCAGAUUAUGUACAAGGGUGGACUUCUCUAUGUCUAUGCCACUAAUAAAGACAGCAGGGAGCGGUGGCUUGCAGCUUUGCAUAAAGAAAUUAAAGACAAUUUUGAUUUACUGAACAAGUACCAUAAAGGAUUCUUCAGCAAUGGCAAGUUUCUCUGUUGCAACCAGACCUGUAAAACAGCCCCUGGAUGUACGAUCUGGGAGAAAUGUUUUGUACCAAGCACUUACCUGAGAAAGGUAUCUCUGAAUGAUGAUGAGCCAAGGGAAAACUCCAGUGUCAGUGAACAAGCAUUGGCAGAAGAGCAGGCUAUUGCUGAGCAUGAUUGGUAUGCUGGUAAUACCUCCCGUGCCCAGUAUGAGCAGCUGCUCCGUCAGAAGGGAAAAGAAGGUGCUUUUAUGGUUCGGAAAUCUAGCCUAGCAAGCAUGUAUGCUGUGUCUGUAUUCAGCAAGGUUCCAGAAAGUAAAAAGGGAACAGUCAAACAUUACCAUGUACGUAAGACUCCUGAGAACAAGUACUACCUCGCUGAAAAUUACUGUUUUGAAUCAAUUCCCAAGCUUAUACAUUACCAUCAGCACAACUCAGCUGGUAUUGUGUCAAGGCUCCGGCAUGCAGUGUCUACUCAAGUAAACAAAGUCCCAGCCACAGCUUCAUUAGGAAAUGGAAUCUGGGAGCUGAAACGAGAAGAAAUUGUUCUGUUGAGAGAGCUAGGAAGUGGACAGUUUGGAGUGGUGCAUCUGGGAAAGUGGAAGGGAAAAUAUGAUGUGGCCAUAAAGAUGAUUAAAGAGGGAGCAAUGUCAGAAGAUGAAUUCAUAGAAGAAGCUCAGACCAUGAUGAAACUUAAUCAUCCCAAACUUGUUAGACUGUACGGUAUAUGCUCAAAAUCAUAUCCCAUCUAUAUAGUGACGGAAUACAUGCCUAAUGGCUGUUUGCUUAGUUACCUAAGGAGUCAUGGGAAGGAACUACAACCUUUUCGGCUUCUGAAAACUUGUUAUGAUGUUUGUGGUGCUAUGGCAUUUCUGGAGAGGUGUCAGUUCAUACACAGAGAUUUGGCUGCUAGAAACUGUUUGGUUGACAGCAGUCUCACUGUGAAAGUAUCUGACUUUGGGAUGACUAGGUCUGUUCUGGAUGACCAGUAUAUAAGUUCACUAGGAACCAGGUUUCCAGUAAAGUGGUCAGCACCAGAAGUUUUUCAUUACACCAAAUUUAGCAGCAAAUCAGAUGUAUGGGCCUUCGGUAUCUUAAUGUGGGAGGUGUUCACGUUGGGAAAGCAGCCCUAUGAGCUUUAUGAUAACAUGCAGGUGACUGAGAAAGUUUCUCAAGGAUACAGACUUUAUAGACCACAACUGGCUUCAGACAUCAUCUACCAGAUAAUGUACAACUGCUGGCAUGAGCUACCAGAAAAGCUCCCUGCCUUUUAUCAACUCUUAUCUUUUUUUGAGGCACUGAGAGAAGACAACAGAGCUUGA